AUGGAGUGCGUGAUUGAGUCUAGAAGCUUCACUGUCAGUGGUUUUAAUUCGACCGGUAUUGGAUACGAACUAGUCACAACUAACUUGGAGGACAUUAAUUUUAAUAUGCAACAAUUAAAUUCGAGCCAACAGAAGCUUAGCUCUGAAAUCCAAGACCUAAAAAUAACUCUAGCAGAAAUCAAAAGCUUAUUCACGAUCCACACGCUUGUUGAGCGAGAAAAAUUGCCCGAAACGUGCGUUGAAGUUCCCAAUUGUCGAUCGGGUCAAUACCGUAUUCAGCCUCGACCAGAAGUUACGGAUGAUUUCGAAGUUUACUGCGACCAUAAGUACGAGGACGGCGGAUGGACGGUGAUCCAGAACCGCUACGAUGGCUCGGUUGACUUCUAUCGAGGUUGGGAUCAGUACGAAAGCGGCUUUGGAGACCUACAAGGCGAGUUCUGGCUGGGAUUGAGAAAAAUCCGCGAGUUGACGUACGCCAAACCGCACAAACUGCAUAUCGUAAUGGAGCGAUAUGACGGGAAUUCUUUUGUGGCUAAGUACAGCCGAUUUCUAAUUGGAGGAGCAAAGGGAAAGUAUCUUUUGAAGUGUUUGGGGAACUUCAGUGGAAAUGCGAGCGAUUCAUUACGACGAGCUUAUAACAAAAAGUUUUUAACUUUUGAUUCCGAUGAGGAUUAUGAUAAUUAUAGUGCUGAAACCAAUAAUUGUGUUGCGAAUCGUAAGGGAGCUUGGUGGUACGAUGGCUGCUACGCUAGCAACUUAAAUGGACUGUAUUUCAAGCAGAUAGCGAGACAGAAUGGAUUUACUUUGAUGAGCUGGGGGAUAGAUUUUAUAAAUUUUCUGAAAAGCUCACGCAUGAUGAUUAAGGCUACCUCUGAAAUGAAUGAUGAUGGUAGUCUAUGUACCUGAGAAAAAUGAUACAUAAUGAAG